GGUGAAGCACAUCGUUGCCUCGAAUCUCACUCCGUGCUUCUGACACAAUUCCGACUCUCCUUUCUCCCACUUCUACGUCUUGUCUCGCUCUACAAGAAAUUUCCAUCAAUUCCUUGUUUUGUUGCUUGUCAAUUACCCAAUCCUCUAGUCUGACGCCAUUGAGGUGCAAGCACCGCCCACCGUCAUGGUCCGUCUACGAGAAGUCCCACGGACAGCCGCUUUUGCCUGGUCGCCCGGCCCGACGCAGCCCCUCAUUGCAACUGGAACAAAAGCUGGAGCUGUAGACGCCGACUUCUCCAACGAAACCCAGCUGGAGCUUUGGGAACUUGGCUUGGACGACAGUGAGCAGGGCGUUGAGCUCAAGCCAGUUGCUACUGUAAGCGUAGAAUCACGAUUUAACGACAUUGCAUGGAGUCAACCCAGUGAACAAUACCCCCGUGGAGUAAUAGCGGGCGCGCUCGAUAGCGGGGUAUUGAUACUAUGGGACGCGGAGAAGUUACGGGCAGGUGAAGGUGAAGAAGCCGAGAUUGACCAGAUCGAGAAGCACACUGGUCCGAUCCAAGCGAUACAAUUCAACCCAUUCCGACCGAACAUCCUCGCAUCUGCAGGCGCCAAAGGCGAACUGUUCAUUCACGACAUUGACGACGAAUCCAAGUCAUUUCGCUUGGGCAAGGCUGGAGCAAACCCCGACGAGUACACCGCAUUAGAUUGGAACAAGAAGGUUGCGCACAUUCUUGCGACUGGAAGCAGUGGUGGCUUUGUCACUGUUUGGGAUGUCAAGUUGAAGAAGGAGAACCUCACACUGAACCAUUACGGGCGAAAGACUGUCAGUGCAGUAUCAUGGGAUCCCAAUGUGCCCACGAGACUGGCCACUGCCAUCCCAACUGAUCAGAACCCGCUUGUGCUAGUUUGGGACCUGCGCAACACCAAUGCGCCCGAGAAAACCCUACAAGCACAUGAUCAGGGUGUGCUGUCCCUUUCGUGGUGUGUACAAGAUAACAAUAUUCUCCUGUCCUGCGGCAAGGAUAACAGGACAAUCGCUUGGAAUCCUCAUACUGGGGAGCUGUUGGGUGAAUUCCCUGUAGUGACCAACUGGACUUUCCAGACAAGAUUCAACCCUGCGAACCCGAACCUCCUCGCAACCGCAUCCUUUGACGGAAAGAUUGCGAUCCAAACAUUACAGAACACUACCGCUGCUGCGGACCACAAGAAGGCAGCCACCCAAGCACCCGAGGGAGAGGAUUUCUUUGCGCAGACACAUGCAGAGCCCCAGGGCGCAUCGUUCUCGCUCAAGACACCCCCAAAAUGGUUGAAGAGGAGAGCGGGUGCGGCUUUUGGUUUCGGAGGAAAGUUGGUACGAUUUGGCAUUGUUGACAACAAGUCAAAGGUCUCGAUUUCGACUUUCGCAGUAGACUCUGAAGUCAGCACAGCCAGCGAAGAGUUCGACAAGGCUCUGCAGGAGGGCAACUUCACUUCAAUCUGCGAAUCAAAAAUCUCAAAGGCAACCAACGAGGAGGAAAAGGCUGACUGGACCGUAAUUGAGACGCUCAUUUCGGAGAACCCACGCAGUAAACUUAUCGAGUACCUUGGCUUCUCCGAUAAACAAGAAGAAGAAGAAGGAGCGGAAGAGGAGAAGACAGAAGCCAAGACUAACGGCGAUGCGGAUGCUAAUGCUGACGAAGGUGCCUCGUUCUUCGAUAAUGCGACCAACGAGGGCAACUUUCUCUCCGACCUUGCGGCUUCCAAGGGCGCGAAGACCAACAACCCCUUCCAGAUCUACACUGGGUCAGAGUCGGAGGCGGAUACCAAGAUCGCUCGCAGUCUUAUGCUAGGAGAUUUCAACGCUGCAUUGGACGUGUGCCUUAAGGAAAACCGAUUGUCGGAUGCUUUCAUGAUCGCUAUCUGCGGUGGUGAGAAAUGCAUCGCCAAAGCACAAGCUGCAUACUUCAAGAAGCAGGCAGACGCGCCAAACUAUCUCCGCCUUCUUGCCUCUGUUGUUGGAAAGAACCUAUGGGAUUUCGUUUAUAAUGCCGAUCUCAAAGACUGGAAGGAAGUCAUGGCUACUAUCUGCACAUUUGCUGACCAAGCUGACUUCCCUGAUCUUUGUGAGGCCCUUGGUGAUCGUCUCGAGGAAGCCUUCUCAGAGGGGAAUGUUUCAUACCGCAAGGAUGCAUCUUUCUGUUACUUGGCUGGUUCCAAGCUUGAGAAGGUCGUCGUCAACUGGGCGCAGGAACUGCAAGAAAACGAGAAGGCUAGCAUUGAGAAGACGGACAGCGACAACAGCUUCUCUAUCCACGCGCGAUCACUGCAAGAGUUUAUUGAAAAGGUCACCGUUUUCCGAAAGGUGACCGACUUCAAAGACACUGAACAGCAAAAGGAUGCCGACUGGAAACUUGAGCCUUUGUACGCAAAGUACGUCGAGUACGCUGACAUCGCAUCCGCCCAUGGGCAGUUGUCGAUUGCCGAGAAGUAUUUGGAUCUACUCCCCGAAAAGUACCCAGCAGCAGAUGUGGCGAGAAAUCGUGUCAAGCAAGCGACAAGGAAGGCCACGACCCAACCAGCAAGCGCUCAUAGGCCAACUCAGUCUACUGCCAGCGGACGACGCCAGGUUGUGGUUCCCUCGUAUGGCCAACCUGCCCAAGCAACACCAGUACCACCUCAACAGACACCAUACGCUCCAACCAACCCACUCCAGACACAACCGGGAGCGUCACCUUACGCCCCAAUCAAUCCUUUGUCGCAACAAGCUCAGGCUGCGGUGCGAUCACCGUAUGCGCCAGCAGGCGCAGCGUCUGGUAACGCCUACACUCCUGCUGGCUAUCAACCAUCCCAGCCGACUGUAUCCCAACCAAGUUACGGCGGCUUCAACCAGACUCCACAGCAAAACCCAAUCGCACCUCCGCCACGCAACUUCUCCAACUCUCCAUCCAUUGUACCUGCAGCUAACAGAGGCCAUAUUCCAGCAUGGAACGACACGCCAGACUUUGGCCCACCAAAGCCAGCGUCACGCCGCAGUACUCCAAUGAAUGCUGUAGCCUCUCCAUUCCCAAACCAGCAACAGCCAAUGGCAGGUCCGCCGCAAGGUCCAUUCUCCCCUGGAGCAAGGUCAACACCACCCCCGCCACCAAAGGGUCCUCCAUCUGGUCCUCCACGAGCAGGCACUCCAAGCCAGUACGCCCCAUCACCGGUAGCUGGCACGUAUGCUCCUCCACCACCUGCUGGUUUUGCGGCACCACCGCAAGCACCAGUACAGCGUGGAGCAUCGCCAUACACACCUCCAACAGCCGCCGCACCACCCUCGAACCGUUAUGCUCCUGCCCCAGGAUCGCAGCCAUCGGCUCCGCCAGGACCAAUGGCUGGCAUGCCUCCGCCGCGCAACAUUGCACCACCACCAGGUCAAUUUACCCCCGCUGCAUCGCCUUACGCACCUUCACCCGUCCAGCAAACGCCUCCUGCAGCCGCAGCUCCUCCACCAAGAGGCCCGCCACAAGGUCCUCCACGAGCUGGACCUCCUCAAGGAGGCCCGCCAAGACCUGACUCUCAGCCCAGAACUGAACAAUCUCAAAGUACUGCCCCAGUAGCGGCCAAGCAUCCUUCUGGUGAUCGAUCACACAUACCCGAUGAAUCUCGGCCAAUCUAUGAGAUCCUCGAUGCAGAGCUUCAGCGCGUCAAGAGCAAGGCCCCUGCUCAGUAUAGGCAACACGUUGCCGACACUGAGAAGAGGCUCAACAUCUUGUUUGACCAUCUUAACAACCAGGAUCUUCUCAAGCCGGACACGAUUCAGCAGAUGAAUGAAUUGGCGGCCAACAUCCAAGCCAAGCAAUUUGACACGGCCAUUGCCAUAUUCUCGGAGCUGAUGACUAACAAGACAGAUGAGGGCAGCAACUGGAUGGUUGGUGUCAAGCGCUUGAUUCAAUUCAGCAAGUCGACUGCUUAGGGGGAUAGCGCUGCUAUAGAGCUCGAAACUGUCCCUGAAGAGUUCGUUGUGGCAUACGAGUAGUAUGGAGUAUGAAGUUCGAGACGAAUGAAGAGGUUUUGCGCGCCAACAUUAUGUAUAUGAUAGAGGUUAUGCAAUAUACAUUGAGUUAUUAUCUGUGGAGUUUGAUUGAGGUAUUUG